UUCCCCAACCUGACAUUUUGAGUGUUUAGUUUGGACUUAACGCCUGAAAGGACGUGCAGGAAACACGUCUAGAGACCCGAUUAAAGCCUAAGCUACUUUUCUACACCCGUGAAAACAACAAGAGGAUUUUCACAGCGUCCAUCUGUCAGUCGAUAAACUAGCUGGCUAAAACUAGCUAGCCGAGUCUUAGACAUAUCGGCCUACUCCGAAAGGCCUUAAGAUGUUAAAUAGUUUAACAUAAAGACCUCCAGGAUAACAAAAACAGUUGAACCUGCGACCUGCUUAUAGGACGAGAAACGGAGGGGAAGAAAAGAAUCCGUUCCGGAAAUGCUCAUAAACUCCAUUCAUUUCUGUUUCCCAUAAAACAAAGAAGGGCCUGAUGGGUUGCCAAAUGGAGUUAAAAUGCUUUUGGACUCACACGGGUGCCAUGACGUACACACCCGCCCCUGUAGAAAGGCACACAUGCGAGGGGGCCGUGUGUGUACAUACAGCCAUCUGAAGGACUCCAGACCUCAGCAUCUUCACAUGGAUACGGAAAUACUCGAGUGUUCACAAUAUUUCUGCAGAAGAGACCAUUUUUUCCCCCUGGGAUGAGUUAAGUUCAGAAGAAUGAGUUGUCAUUUAGGCCAGAAGACCACAAGAGUGCCGGUUUUGUUCUUGAUCUUCAUAAUUACGAUCUUUUAUUAGACGGACCAUCCCAGCGGGCGCUGGGGCUCCUGCUGAGACUGUGGCAGAGUUUUCAUUCCAUUGUUUCCUUUUCAGUUUGACUCAUUAUUUCCCUUCACCCCUCCAUUGUUUAAUAUACUUUUGUUUAACAUUUUUUAUUUUCUUGUUUAGUUUUUUUUUGGAGAGGGUGCCUUUAUUUUUGACUCACGCAUUCACUGAACACUUGAGUGCUUUGAAACGUUUACCUUGUUCUUAAGGAAAAGUACUGUAAGUCAGGUAACUGGGCUUCCUGCAUCAGUGACUGCUUUGUUUGCUGCUGUUUCUCUUCAUCCUCUCCGUCUACAAUCGCCGAAACACAGAAGCGGUUUGCACUAAAUGAGCUUUCAAUUGAUUUUAUUUUUAUUUUUUUUAAGCGUUCUCCUUUCUGCUAAAUCGUGUCAUAUUCAAGCCAUAUAAAUUUAUAUUUUUUGGACAGAACUAUAGAUCUAUUUUAUCACAGUUCAAUCAUAUAAUCGUAUUUUUAUGCAUAAGCACACACCUGCACUGUGUCCAUCAGAGUGUUCAUGAACAUUUUUUGGUUCAUGUGCACCUUGAAUUUUAAGGCUUUUUUUUUUUUUUUUACAUUUCGUUGUAUAAUUUAUAAUGACCAUAUUUAAUUGUUUUUAUUAUUCUCCAUCAACGGUUACUACGGAAGUAAUUUUUUACAAUGAUAACGCUUUAAUCCUGUAGCUCGGCGAGCGGACGACGAGCGCUAGUUUUUCCGUUCCCCGACCCGUCCGCUUUUAGCCUUCGGUUUUCUCCCCAAUGCCUGCCGGUCUCAGUGUGGGUGGGGCUCUCGGAGACCCCUCCCCUUCGCACCGCUUUCGUCCCAGUCGCUAUGUGCCUGUAUCAGCGGCGACUGUUUUCCUUGUUGGGGCUACAACGCUUUUCCUAUGCUUCACUGGUCCUUGGCUGGCCGAGCGUUUCUCUUCUUCCAUUCCUGUCUGCAUCGCCGUGGUCUUCCUCUUCACUCUGGCCAACUUUUGCAUGGCUACGUUUAUGGACCCAGGCAUCUUCCCUAGAGCGGAGGAAGAUGAAGAUAAGGAGGAUGACUUCCGGGCUCCUCUUUAUAAGACGGUGGAGGUGAGGUGUAUUCAGGUGCGCAUGAAAUGGUGUUCCACGUGCCGCUUUUACAGACCCCCCCGAUGCUCGCACUGCUCCGUGUGUGACAACUGCGUCGAGGAGUUUGACCACCACUGUCCAUGGGUGAAUAACUGCAUAGGAAGGCGGAACUACCGUUAUUUCUUCCUGUUCCUUUUAUCCCUCACUAUACACAUAAUGAGUGUGUUUGGAUUCAGUCUGCUGUACAUCCUCUAUCACACCGAAGAGCUGGAUGAAGUGCAUUCUGGAGUUACCAUGGCAGUGAUGUGUGUCGCAGGUCUUUUCUUUGUCCCAGUGGCAGGACUCACUGGAUUCCACAUUGUCCUGGUAUCCAGAGGAAGAACAACAAAUGAACAGGUUACGGGGAAGUUCAGAGGGGGCGUCAACCCGUUUACACACGGAUGUUGUAAAAACGUGUCUCAUGUGCUCUGUAGCUCACAAGCGCCAAGGUACAUAGGGAGGCUGAGGCAGACCCAGACACUUCAGGUCCAACCUCCAUUUCUGCGGCCUCAACUUUCAGAAGCACAGCUCUCUGCUAAAGUGCUGGACAAUGGGAUCCAGCAGUCUAAGAGCAGUCUGGAGGCCAUGGAAAGUCAGUCUACAGACAUUGAGCCGCCACCACCUCCUAAACCAGAUCAUCGAUUCCAAGGGCUGCAUCACACACACAAUGAAGAGAGCAGUCUUUUGACUGAAGCUCCACCCACACCGGCAUUAUAUAAAUAUCGACCGUCCUAUAGCAGUCCGGGGAAAAAACACACGUAUUCCACGCACAAGAUGAAUCGGGGGGACAGUGUGACAGAGUCGCCCUCCGUCCCCCUGUCAACCGGGCACGCCAGCUAUCGCUCGGAGCCUAGUCUUUCGGGCCGGGGGAUUUCUGGGUGGCGACCAGGAGGGGGAGGGGAGGGAGGCAGAGCAGGCUCGGGGGGAACGGGUGGGCCGUCUGCUCUCGGAGGGCGGUCUUAUCCUUCCUUCACCGACACAAUCCUUCACUCAGCGGUGGCCUCGUGCUCCUCCAGCAUCCGCUCUGCUCAGACGACCCACAAUGCACUCGGGCCACUGCUGUCUGAAGGCACGACUUCUACCAGCUAUAAAAGCUUGGCCAAUCAGACACGGAACGGCAGCCUGUCCUAUGACAGCCUGCUGACGCCUUCGGAGAGUCCGGAGUUUGAAUCGGCAGCUCCUGAGUUGUCCCCACCCAGGCCGGCUCCCCCACGCUCGCUCGGUUCUACUCCCGCGGCGCCACCCCUCAUGGGUUACACCUCACCGUACUUGUCUGCUCAGCAGAGGGAGGGCUCUCUCCAGGCCUGUCCUGCCCCCCUAAGACCCUCCCCCAACAGACCUUUCCUGCGCCCCACGAGCCCACCCCCUUCCCGAGCUCCGCCCCUGUCUCCUCGUGCUCGCUCUUUGGGUUCGCCGCCUCCUGGUCCCACCCCAGGAAGCAAUCCUAUGGGCAAAUCAUUGUCCUACGCAGGUGGAGCGGAGUUACGGCAAUGCCCAAAUAACACAGGCGGUGGGACUUCCACAUCAAACUCUAGGCAGAGACUAACCAAUCCCAGCAGCCACAUGCACAAACCUGGCGGUGGCGUAAAGAAAGUGAGCGGUGUCGGAGGAACAACAUAUGAGAUUUCAGUAUGAGGUUUUUUAUUUUACUGUUUUUUUUUUUAUAAACGACGCACAGGAUUCACUCUCGUCUUCUGCUGCGAGGACGAACGGAAAGCAGAUCAUCCGUGUAAGCCAAAAAAAAAUUACAAAGACUCAAAAAAAACUCAUCAUUGAUCCAGGAGGAAGAAAUGCAAAAAAAAAAAAAAAAAAGUGGAUAAGUGUCUGGCUCAAGUUUCUUAUUCGUGAUGAAUCUCCGUGAUUUAAAAAAAAAUAUUUAAAAUCCAAAAAAGCCGAUUUGUCCAGACUUUGCUGUUUGAACGAUUACUCAGACUCCAAUGGAACUCAAAAUCACAAGCGGUUUUCCCUGCAUACUCUGGACUAUCAUUUGACUUGUAUUUUUUACGUUUCUUUUUUUUUCUUUAUAUUAUUUUAUACAGGUACUGAUACAGUAUAUUGUAAGAUUUAUUAAAUAUGUUUGAUAGGAAUGCCAACAAUAGUAGCACAUAGGCACAGCAUUUGAGUUUGUUUGUUUGUUGGAUAUAAUAGACGGCUGCAUCAGCCAGUCAGAACCGGAGCUGGAGUUCACAGCCAAAGAGACAAGUGUAGUCAGGGACCUGCUUUUUGACAGACAGCACACUUGGCAAAUAGGAGCGAGUGCAACAUCUGAAUCAUUACAGCACAAUAAAAACAAUCUGGAUGCUGUACGCAUUUUUGUGAAAGACGACGGCUCCUUUCUCUUUUAUUCAUCAAUCAGGAAGGAAGCAUUUCAAUCAUUGGCCAGACGAGAGUGCUCUGGUCCUGUGUUAAUACAUGCUGGAUGCACUGUUUGUAUGCCACUGAGACAGGAGAACCGUUCAUGUUCUUGUUUUAAUUUUAUUGGUCCAGAGCUGGAUUAUGAAGUGUUUUCUGACCAUACUCACUUUGAAGUUUGCAUUGGUGUGUGUGUGUGUGUGUGUGUGUGUGUGUGUGUGUGUGUUGAAUGCGUAUGAGAAAACGGCAGAGAAAGAAUUUUUGAUGUCUCAAACUACUCUACUAGAGCACAUUCCAGCUGUGAACCUCUUCAGAGACCCUGCUAAGAAAAGUGUGUGUGUGUGUGUGUGAGCGAGUGAGGGACGUAAAGAGAAUAUGUAAGUAACACGUUUAAAGCUUUGAGGUCCAAGGACCUGUGACUGGUCAGCGCAACAUAAAAGAGCUUAUGCAUUGACACACACGAGUAUUUUUUUGUAUUUUUACUGAUAGCUUUUUGUCAUUUCCACCACGGCCUUACGAAGCCUUUUAACUAAUUUACCUGCACGCAUUAACAGGACGAUGAUUAAAGGUGAAGGUUGGUUAUUUUGUUUGCUUGUUUUUUUUUUUUCUACCUGUCUGUAUUACUGUAAUGCAGAUAUCACUGGGUCACAUGAGCCAACACAUUUCCAUCAGAACAAUAAAUAAUAUUGCAACACCGAAA